AUGAGAAUGAUUUGUGUGAGACCAUCUGUACCUUGGGUUUUGCAACAAGAGUCAGAAGUAUUCGCCUGGAAAAUGAAGAACCACAAGGAAGUAAAAGCAAGAAAGGAACAUUUGUUAAUGGAAUUAGAACAGGAGACCAGUGAUCUAGAACAAGAAUGUGAAGGUAUUAUUAGAAAGAUUAAGAAGCUCAAGGAAACAAUUGAGCAUUUUAAAGGGCCUCAACCAUCUGAUGAAACAAAUUUCGACAUUUCACAUCCAUCCAGUGAAGAGCUGAAAAUUGACAUGUCAAAAAAUACAAGGAAUUCAAAGAAUCAGAGAGAUGUUUCUUCCAGGUUACCAAGGUUUAUGAAGUGA